CCUUGCUGUCCCAUCAGCUGGUGGCUCUAAUCCAGCUGCUCCCUCCCCACCCAGAAACAAGAGGACACCGAGGGGACAUCACUCCAGAGAAGAUGGCUCCAGCUUUGGGCUGGCUUUUUCUCGGCCUUUCAGUUUUAUCCACGACUGUGACGUCUGCAAAAGUUUGUGGCCGGCCUCCCGUCCCCGAUGGAGUUGACGCUUCAUCUUUGAAACGAGUGUUUGAGGUCGGAGAAGAGGUGUCCCUCUCCUGUGGACAGGGCUUUGUGACCUCAGCAGCCACGUCUUCCAGAAUAACCUGCACGGCUACGGGAGAAUGGACCGAGUCCAAUCUGGCAUGUGCCCCCAAGAUGUGCCCAAUUCCCAAAUCUCUACAGCCAUUUGCAUUGGGGAGAACAGAGGCUCCAUUUCGAAGUGUCUUAAACUACACAUGUGAUGACGGGUAUGUCCUUCUAGGAGCCAAUGAAAGCCGAUGUUUGCACAACGGCACCUGGAGUCAUUUACCUCCUCUCUGCAAAGCUGUUACAUGUCCCCUCCCAAAGCCACCCAGAGAGGGUAGAGUUAUCCCUGAUAGAGCAGUAACAGGAACUACAACCAUCUAUGGACAAGGCUGGACGUAUGAGUGCAAUCCACCGAAAGCACCGAGUUUUGAGAGAGGGUCCUGCAAGGCUGACGGAACCGCAACCGAACCACCGAUCUGUCAAGAGGUGAGCUGCUCCAUCCCAACCAACAUACCAAAUGGUGUCAUCACAUUUGCUGUGAUGAGACAACACGGAUACAAGGAGAAGGUUAAGUACGCCUGCAAUGAGCACUACACUCUGGAAGGUGACGCAGAGAUCCAGUGCCAGAACACAGGAAACUGGUCAUCAAAGCCCAUCUGCAGGGCUCCCUGCACAGUUGGCAUCAAACGAGGCCGCAUCUUCUACAAUACCAAGAAGAUCUGGAUCGAGGACCUGAAACCAAACAGAGUCCUCCACGGAGAGCAUGUUGUCUUCUACUGUAAGAAUGAAGCUGAGAAGUGUGGCUACCCUGUGGCCAGCACCUGCAACGAUGGAAACCUCCCUCUCCCAGAAUGCUUUGUGGAACCAGGUAAAGUAGAGUACAACCUCAAGGCUAAAAGUCUUCCAUCCGAGAUCAGAAUGUGUGCUGCAUCGACUGCGAGGCCAACAAGCUCUGCAAGACUUUCAUAAUCAACUUAAUCAUGUCAUUUGCUGUCAUUUGUCUGAGAUUUGUCAGUUUCAACAGACAAUAAAAUGACAAAAAAGUAUGUUAUGUGUCAUAUUUUAAACACAAUCUAAACACAUCUGUAAUCUGUGACAAUAACAUAAGAAAUUAUGGAAUAAAAGGGAUUUAUUUGUGGUAAAAAUAA